GCUGUAAAGAACGUAGGAUUUGCCGGUAUUAUGAACUACUAUAGAUUGUUUCGGAAUCUAAAUUUUAGUAACUUCGUAUAGGGGUCCUUUUCCGCAAGGACCAUCACAAACUCAAAUCUCUCAUGGACAUCGACGCUACUGUGCGCAUCCUCCAGUUUCAACGGAUCGGACUUGAAAACCUCUGAAGUGUUUUGUACACUCUGUUCAUCGUCAUUACUCCUCACCAGCACCGUGCCACUUGCUUGACUGAGAGUAGGCUGUUACAGGCUCGCUGCGUGUGGGUCUGUAGAUAGGGGGAAGUUUUACGGUGUGAUUUCCCCUUCUUUUACUCUAAACAGCAGACUCAUCAUAUUUCCCUAAUGAAAAAUAAUCUUUGGAGCAGUUCCCGGGACGUGCUUAUGAUGAUGUCGAGCAAAAGUGUGGAAUGGCUGCAAGAUGAACUGGAAUCCGGGGUGAGCUCGUUGCUCCUGCUGGAUUGCCGAUCACACGAGCUCUUUGAGUCAUCUCAUAUAGAAUCGGCCAUCAAUUUAGCAAUUCCUGGUUUGAUGCUUCGGAGGCUCAAGAAGGGAAAUUUACCUAUACGGUCAAUCAUCCCAAAUAACGAGGACAAGGAGAAGUUCGUUAAGCGGUGCAAGACGGACACCGUGGUUUUGUACGACGAGGCCACUACAGAUCUACAAGAGAAUGGAGCUGCGAGUUCCGUCCUGGGGCUUCUCCUGCAGAAACUGCGGGACGACGGAUGCAAGGCAUAUUACCUGGAAGGGGGAUUUAAUAAAUUUCAGACAGAGUAUCCUGAGCAUUGCGAAACUAACCUGGACAGCUCCUGCCCAAGUAGUUCUCCCCCUGCAUCAGUUCUUGGCUUGGGUGGACUGAGGAUCAGUUCUGAUUGUUCUGAUGGAGAGUCAGACAGAGAACCAGGCAGUGCCACAGAGUCGGAGGGAAGCCCGUUACCCAAUAAUCAGCCAGCGUUUCCUGUCCAGAUCCUCCCUUACCUUUACCUGGGCUGUGCCAAAGACUCCACCAACCUGGACGUUCUGGGCAAGUACAACAUCAAGUACAUCCUGAAUGUUACUCCUAACCUGCCCAACAUGUUUGAACACGAGGGAGAAUUCAAGUACAAACAAAUCCCCAUCUCAGAUCACUGGAGCCAAAACCUGUCACAGUUUUUUCCAGAGGCUAUUUCUUUCAUCGAUGAAGCUCGUUCCAAAAAGUGUGGCAUCUUGGUGCACUGUCUGGCAGGCAUUAGUCGCUCUGUCACGGUCACGGUCGCCUACCUGAUGCAGAAACUCAACCUGUCGCUCAACGACGCUUACGACUUUGUCAAACGCAAGAAGUCCAACAUUUCACCCAAUUUUAACUUCAUGGGCCAGCUUUUGGACUUUGAGAGGACACUGGGCCUCAACAGCCCGUGCGAUAACCGUUCGCCCAAUGACCAGCUCUUCUUCACUACGCCAACCAAUCACAACGUGUUCCAGCUGGACACACUGGAGUCCACAUGAAGGCCAGAAGAAGGCUGGGUGGGAAGCAGCCACCCUUUGAAUGUUAAUCUCCCAUCUCCAGGAGCAUUUGGAGCUACCGGCCCAGGCUUGGUUCAUGGCCGGAGAGGGGCGGAGGGUGGUGAGGCACCUGGGACUGCUGCUCAGACGGGCUCUGCUCACAGGGCUUUACCUAGGGGG